AUGUCGACCACGUCGAGCCCGAGCAGUCGCCACGCCCUGCGCGUGGUGGUCGCCACGACCGCACCGCUGCGUGCGCCCCCUGCCCGUCACUUGUCGCCCCGAGCAGUGCACCACUCGUCGCACGCGUUCGCCGACGCCGUGCCGAGCGCGGGAGCGGCCGGGUCUCCCUGUCGCCGCGCGCUGAUUGGUCAAAAAGCCGCACGACCAUCGGUACUUUCAGCCACUCCUGGACGAGCCGAGCAGCGCGUCGCCACCGACGACGACGAAGGCAAAGCGGCCGAGACGGACGACAGUGGACAAGCAGAGGCGCUGAUGCGCAGACGAGACGGUCCGGCGGCACACGGUCGCAGUGGAGACGAGCCACCGACGGCACUGGACAACGAGCAGACGGGCGAUGCCCGCACGGAGGCGACUGUACCGGACGCGACAGCUUUUGCAGGGGAUAACGACUCAGUGGCCGACGACAGAGCGGCCGAAGAGCUCGUGGAGGAGGACGGCGAGGGCUGUCUGAUCUGCAUGGACGAGUUCUCGGCGCGACGCAAAGCGUACCCACUGCCAUGCACGGGACAAUGCACUGGUGCGUUUGUGCACUACCGGUGCAUUAUGGCGUGGCUGGGGCAGUCAGGCAGCUGUCCGCUGUGUCGAGGGGCCUGUGACCCACUGGUGUUGCAGCCCAUGCAGAAGCUCGAGCUCCAGGACAUGACCAAGAUGGCGCUGCAGCCGGUGCCGCUGGACGCCGGGAUCAUCCGGUGCUACGUGAAGCAGGUGUACCGUGGUUUGUUUAAGCAGUACGGCUACGAGCUGUACCUGCAAGGGCAGAUUGGCACGCAGGAAGAAGACAAGUUUUUGCUGGCGGCAAGACGCCAGGUGCGCUCGAACAUGACGGCGAACUACACGAUCUGUACGGACAAGGAGUGCACGGACGCACUGCGCAUUGGACGCAUGGGCUCGAACUUUCUCGGCACGUGUUUCACGUUGUACGACAAUGGACGAGAUCCACAGAAACUGGCAAAGAUUCAGGACGCCGUGAGCUCGGACGACGUGGUGGUGCAGAACGUGCUGCAGAUCCGAGAGGAGCUGGGGUGUGUUACGUACGAGCCGAAUCGGACGAGCGUCGGGCCGCGGAAGAUGCGUGUCGUGAUUCCCGACGUGGACGAAGAGGGCGGGUCAUCGAAGAUUGUGCGGCCCAUGAGUCGCCAAGACCGACUCGUCACUCGUCUCUCGACGGGGGACAUGAAAGACUUGAUGCGAUUUUCGAACCGCGAGCCCGUGUUCCGCGAAGACCUGGGCGCGUACUGUCUGGACUUUGGAGGACGCGUGUCGAUGGCAUCGGUCAAGAACUUCCAGCUGAUCAGCAGCGAAGAUCCGUCCAUGGGCAACAUUUUGCAGUUUGGCCGUGUCGCUGACGACAUGUUUACGAUGGAUUUCCAGUGGCCGCUGUCUCCGUUCCAAGCCUUUUCCAUUUGUCUCAGUAGCUGUGAUACGAAACUCGCUUGUGUCUAG